AUGACCACACCUCUUGGCCAUGAGGUCAUGAUGCAGAGGCUGGUUGGCCACUCAUUUUCCUCUGCCAAAUUUCCUUUGCAGUGGGAAUCAAUAAUGUAUCACACUAAAAGAUUGACUGUACAAUACAAGGUGAAACGAGGCCUUACCUUGUGGAAAGAAGGAUAUAAUUCAUAUGCUUUGAAGGACACCACAGCAAAGAAUAGUGAGUACAGUUUCAAGGAUGACCCAUGGAGAACCAUCACCCAGAAGUACUACAUGAAAAUAAGUGCCUUGGGUGAAGCAAAGUGGAAGGAGAUCAUCCAGGAGGUGAUGAACUAUUUACCCAAGGGUUGGAAGAACAAAACAGUUGCUGCAGAUGGUGGAGCACAAAGAUCGGGGAAUGGUGUGGCAGAUUCGGAUGAUGAUAUUGAGAUGUCUGACUAG